AUGGAGUCCCUACCACUCCUCCUGCAGCCAGAUUCAAAAGGACUAAUUAGUGACAAACAAAGGGAUGAUUUCUUCAACCAGUUGAAGCAUCAGAACCCAUCUAACAGAAUAUGUUUUGACUGUGGUGGGAGAAACCCUACUUGGAUCAGUACCUCUUACGGCAUAUUUCUUUGUCUGGCCUGUAGUGGUCACCAUCGUAAUCUUGGUUCCAAGAUAUCCUUCGUUAGAUCUAUAACCUUGGAUACAAUCAAGGUGGAGGAGGCGGUGCGUGUAUAUUUAGGAGGCAAUCUUAAAGCAAAGACAUUCUUCUCGGAAUUAGGCAUGGGACUAGAUGAUAAACCUGUGGACUACCGAUCAAAGGCCGCAGAAAGAUACAGAAUACAAUUAGAUGCUGCUACAGCUGAGAUGAUGAAAAACCACUUUCCCGAUCUGGUAACGACUAAAAUACACGCUGUAGAUCAGCGUGUAGAUGAUUCGGACGAUGACAGCGGUUUCUUGAGUGAUGCGAGUGGGGACGAGGAGAUUGUGGUCGCUAAACCUGCCGCUACUGACCUGACGGAUAGUGUUAUGAGGGUUGCGAAACCUAAAGCAGCCGCUGUGGACGAUUUCGACUUCGAUUUUGAUAACGCAUUUGAAGCGGGAGUUAAGAAAACCAGCACGCAGGAGCCUCCAAAGCGAUUCGCAGUUCCCCAAGUAACUGUAACCAAGUCCACCACGGACGUGGUGCGAGAUAAUGGGAGUGAGGAUGACGGAGCGCCUCUCUCCAAAUUCAAAAAUGCUCAAGCCAUAUCGAGUGACGCACUAUUUGGUGGGGGCGACAAUCCUGCGGACGACGAGCUCUCAACUCGGUUAGCUAUCUUAAGGGAGAACGCCGUACAAAAAGCAUCCGAAGUCGCUGUAUUUGCUCAGGGUGCUUUUCGUGAGGCUGCGGACUGGUUCUCACGUGUCUCAGGGCAGAAUUUUUCCAAUAAUGCUUUUCAACCCUAA